UCUGUCCAUUGACUCCAUUAGCCAUUAGUCCGCACUUUCCGCUCAACGCGUAAGUGUCGCAGCAAAAGUGUCGCAAUCGCAGUCGCAAUCGCAACUGCAAUCUGGCUGUAUAAAGCCCCCGCCCCCUGCCCCACCGGCUCACCGCAAAGGCUAGAAUACGCCUCACUGUGCAUUUGACAAGCUCAGGAGCCUGCCGGCCGAACCCGCGCUUUGUCUAGCAGCUCCGCAGAGGUCUAACUGGACACCCGACCUCAUCAUCCCUUCCUCCCUUCUCCCAAACGGAUCACACAAAACACACAACAAGCAAUGGCCGACGUCACCACCGCCCCGGCACCCGCCGCCGCCGCCACUGCUCCAGGCUCCAGCAGCGGCGAGCACAAGUACGUUUUCAACGUGAGCAUGUCGUGCGGGGGCUGCUCGGGCGCCGUCGAGCGGGUCCUGAAGAAGCUGGAGGGCGUCAAGAGCUACGAGGUCUCGCUUGAGAAACAGACGGCCGAGGUCAUUGCCGACGACUCGCUUCCUUACGACAAGGUGCUCCGGACUAUUGCUAAGACGGGGAAGAAGGUUAAUACGGGCGAGGCGGAUGGGGUUAAGCAGAGUGUUGAGGUUAAGGCUGAGUGAUGGACCUGCUGUGCUGGGUGAGGUAGGGUAGGCAUGGUUGCGGUGUGGUACAGUACUAAGUACUGGGAUGUGUUGAAAGGGGUUGGUGUUUGGCAUGUUGCUGCCCCUGUGUAUGGGGGCUUUGGGUUGGCCUCUCUCUCCGUGUGUAAGAGAAGGCUUUGCGAUGUAGGUACCGGUACUGUACUUGGCCGGUUGGUUGGCGGACGGGCAAGGUUCUCCUAUUUAUGUGGAUAGAUUUCUUUGGCUUGAUUGUUUGUUUGUUUUGCUGCUGAUGCAAACUUGUUUCUUUUCUCAGGGGUUGCGUCUGCGAGUAUGAGUGCGUGAAGUUUGAAGGUGUUAAGUCAGGAUUCGAAGUCUGGCUUUGGCACAGGAUGUCACCCAAGGACAUAUCUAUAUUGGAGUCCACUUGUUGAGGGGACAUCACG